UGACUACAGUGUUACUGUACAACCCGUUCUACUCUUGAUCUCACCGCUUGAUCGAUCGGCCCACUGAUUGGUCUUUGGAGAGCGCAUGAUCCGGGCUAGUACCAUUCGUUUGUCUCUUCUGGAGUCAGUCUGCAGAUAAUAAUCCUUGCAAGACCUUCAUCUCUGCAGUGUAAAUCAUGGCCCAGGAGUCCGUCCCUUACACAGUCAAACCCCCUGUCCCAUUGCAGGUGGGAGAUGUGAAGACUGAAAUCAGCCGGCCUGGUGUGUACGUCAUCGAUGUCACAUUUCCCAAAAAUCAGCCGGUUGAUGUUCAGGAGAUCACAUUUAAGAAUUAUUAUACUGCUUUUCUGAGUGUGAAGAUCCAGCAAAAGAGGCCUUCAGAGUCAGUGGCCUGCCCUGCUGUAUGGCAUACAUGUAUCCGAAAUCUUCGUCUUAUGCCAAACCCACACACAGAGGAGGGAUCCCAGGACUAUGUGUCAUUGCACAGACACCAGAUGCUGUGUGAUACAGAUCACGUGACAUCGCUCCGACUGAUCCUUAGGCAGCCGUCUCCAAUCUGGCUAAACUUUAAUUUGGAAGAGUUGCAAAUAAAUCCCACUAAGAAACAGAGUCCACAAAAAAGGUUCUCGUGUUGGCUUUCUCGCCUACCUCAAGAGGAGCAGCUACAAAAUCUACACAAGGGCCUCCCAGAUCCUGACAAAGUGUCAAGUGAGAUGCAACAAAUGUGGGUGCUGACUGAAAUGAUGAGAGCCAAUCAGAGUACAGCGAACGUUGGGAGAUUUGAUGUGGAUGGGUGUUAUGAUAUCAACCUCCUGUCAUACACGUGAAAUAAUCAAGAAAUGUCGGACGUGGCCAUUACUGGAGUCUUUCAAAGGAAUUAAGCAUGACCUUGUUCUUGAACAACAGUAGGAAUUUUCAGGCUUUACACUGAUGAACUAGGCAUCGUAGGAGCUCAUUAUCAAAUCGUAAUAUAGCCUUCCUUCUGAAACGAACAGAAGACAAAUUAUAUUAUAUUCAUCUGGUGUCUGUGUUAUCAGGGCAUCAUCAACAGGAGAGAGACACAUUCCCAGUCCUUACAACUUCCUGUUGACUCCUGAUAACAGCUUUGAGAUUAACAAAACCCAUGUAAUACACUACAAUUAUGUUUAACAUUACUGGCAGAUCUUCUGAGCACAGAUCCUAGCCAGGAUUUUGCUACAAUGAUGUAUAUGGAAUGACAUCUGACUCCACUCAGAAGGAAAUAAUCAGUUUAAUAGAGCAGAAAAUUAUGGCUGCUUGAAUUUGUUUGAGUCUCUAAAUAAUGCUUAGAGUGUAACAUUAUUAUUUAUUAUGGCAGCUCACUAACUAAUCGACUUUAUUGUGCCUGGCACUUCUGAUCUGAUGGUUUAUUUAUUCGUAAUAAAAUUUGAAUUGUAAGUGGUA